GAGGGUUAGUGUCGUCACUUCCUGCGAGUACCGGUGUGGACGGUGGGGAUCGUGGCCGCUGGUUUUCCUGUUCUCCCCCUCCCCUACUCUCCUCCCUCCCUCCCUUUCCCUCCCUCGGCUGCGGUCGAUCGCCAGUCGCACACUCCCUGACCCAUCCCUAACCCCUUCCUGGUUUCGGGGCCACCAGAUUGGCCUUUUUCUGUUUCCCGGCCCAGCGUCGGGGCGUGGGCCUUGAGUGAGAGGCGCUGCCGCGGAGAAGAGAAAAGACGAGACGACCCUCAGCUCUCCUGCGGGAUCGCUCGGCUCGCCGCCGCCAUGGCAAUGAGGCAAACGCCUCUCACUUGCUCCGGCCACACGCGGCCAGUGGUGGAUUUGGCCUUCAGUGGCAUCACGCCUUAUGGCUAUUUCUUAAUCAGUGCUUGCAAAGAUGGCAAACCUAUGCUACGCCAGGGAGAUACAGGAGACUGGAUUGGAACGUUUUUGGGUCAUAAGGGUGCUGUUUGGGGUGCAACAUUGAAUAAGGAUGCCACCAAAGCAGCUACAGCAGCUGCAGAUUUCACAGCCAAAGUAUGGGAUGCUGUCUCAGGAGAUGAAUUGAUGACCCUGGCUCAUAAACACAUUGUCAAGACUGUGGAUUUUACACAGGAUAGUAAUUACUUGUUAACUGGAGGACAGGAUAAACUGUUACGCAUAUAUGACUUGAACAAACCUGAAGCAGAACCUAAGGAAAUCAGUGGUCACAGUUCUGGUAUUAAAAAGGCUCUGUGGUGCAGUGAGGAUAAACAGAUUCUUUCAGCUGAUGAUAAAACUGUUCGCCUUUGGGACCAUGCUACUAUGACAGAAGUGAAAUCUCUAAAUUUUAAUAUGUCUGUUAGCAGUAUGGAAUAUAUUCCUGAGGGAGAGAUCUUGGUAAUAACUUAUGGACGAUCUAUUGCUUUUCAUAGUGCAAUAAGUUUGGACCCAAUUAAAUCCUUUGAAGCUCCUGCAACCAUCAAUUCUGCAUCUCUUCAUCCUGAGAAAGAAUUUCUUGUUGCAGGUGGUGAAGAUUUUAAACUUUAUAAGUAUGAUUAUAAUAGUGGAGAAGAAUUAGAAUCCUACAAAGGACACUUUGGUCCUAUUCACUGUGUGAGAUUUAGUCCUGAUGGAGAACUCUACGCUAGUGGUUCUGAAGAUGGAACAUUGAGACUGUGGCAAACUGUGGUUGGAAAAACAUAUGGCCUUUGGAAAUGUGUGCUUCCUGAAGAAGAUAGUGGUGAGCUGGCAAAGCCAAAGAUCAGUUUUCCAGAGACAGCAGAAGAGGAGCUAGAAGAAAUUACUUCAGAGAAUUCAGAUUCCAUCUAUAGUUCAACUCCUGAAGUGAAGGCCUGAGCAUCAGGCAGGUGCCACAGGUAGUACAAAACUUACGGACUAAAACAAGCAGUGGAGAAAAGCAUCAGCCUCCAGAGUUACUUUCUGCUUAAGGCAAACAUGAGCAGUAAAUAAUGAGGAAUAUGAAUUAGCUCCAGUGCUGGAACUAACCAACUUGGUGUUAACUGUAAGUGAAAACGCAAGAGUAUCAGCUGAAGGCAAGUGGAGUUAUGCUGUUGUAGAACGGUGGCCUGUUGUCUUUUUAAUGAAUACGUGCAAGCCAACAUCCAGUUUCUCUUAUUACAAUUAGAUUUCUUGUAGUUUUUUAUGUUAUGAUGAAGAAGGAAAAUAUAUUGGCUUAUUUUUCUGACUUUGCCCUUAAAGCAGAAAGCCGGGUUUUUUUGUUUGUUUGUUUUUUGUUUUUUUUGGCUCUAGUUAUAAAGAAGAGGGAAUACAUGAUAAAAUGACUUGUUGGAUUUCUCUUUCAUUGUACACUGCUUCCGAACAUCUAAUUGUUUUCAGUUAUCUAAAUAAAAUGUCUCUAAAACAAAA